GUGAUUUCUUUAUUAUUUUUCAAGCGAUCCGUACGUCCGGUUCACAUUUUCAGUGUUGGCUAUUUGUAUCUAAAUUAAAAUGUUAUUCAAAGAUGCCCAAUGCGUCAUAAUGUGCCCGUCUCCGUGGAUGGUGGUUGUCCAGGGUGCUUCAACGUGAACGAAAGAAAGAAAAAGAAAUAACUGCAUUUCUAGCUGCUUCGGUUUUGACGUUUGACAUCAUCGGACUAGGCGUGAGCUACAAUUCCCUUUUUGUUUGCCUUUUUAUGUCUUCAAUACCUCAUUAAAUACACGCGAACGGCCGCCAUGGUUUCAUCUCGGCUGAAGUACCUGUCUCUGGGCGUGCUGGUGUUCCAGACCACGUCCCUGGUGCUCAUCAUGCGCUACUCCCGGACCCUGCCGGCGGAGGGCCCGCGGUACCUGGCGUCCUCGGCCGUGGUGGCGGCCGAGGUCGUGAAGAUCUUCAUCUGCUUGAUGCUCGUCUUCAGAGACCACAGCUACAGCGUGCGAGCGUUCAACAUCGUCCUUCGCCAGGAGAUCGCCCGCAAGCCCAUGGAAACCCUCAAGCUGGCCAUCCCCUCGGGCAUCUACACCCUGCAGAACAACCUGCUCUACGUGGCCCUGUCCAACCUGGACGCCGCCACCUACCAGCUCACGUACCAGCUGAAGAUCCUGACCACGGCUCUGUUCUCCGUGUUCAUGCUGGGACGCCGGCUGGGCAUCUACCAGUGGCUCUCUUUGAUCGUCCUCAUGACCGGAGUGGCUCUCGUACAGUGGCCGUCUGAAUCCUCGGUGGUGGCGGAGAAGGCGUCCGUGUCCACGGGCUCCCAGUUUGUGGGCGUCACGGCCGUUCUGGUGGCGUGCUGCUCCAGCGGCUUCGCCGGCGUCUACUUCGAGAAGAUCCUGAAGGAGAGCAAACAGAGCGUCUGGAUACGCAACAUCCAGCUCGGGAUGUUCGGCUUGUUUUUUGGCUUUUUCGGGAUGAUGAGCUUCGACGGGGACAAAGUGAGGGAGUCGGGAAUGUUCCAGGGUUACAACGUGGUCACCUGUGCCGUGGUCACGCUGCAGGCGCUGGGCGGUCUGGUCAUCGCGGCGGUCAUCAAGUAUGCCGACAACAUCCUCAAAGGUUUCGCGACGUCGCUCUCCAUCAUCCUCUCCACGUUUAUUUCCUACUUUUGGCUCCAGGACUUCGAGCCCACCAGGUACAAGCAACACCCUCUUCUCGCGUCCGUUGUCAUUUGCUGUGGCAUCUGUAAAGCUGAAGCUUUUACAGUUGUGUUUUUAAGUUUAUAUACCCUGGAAGUAUUUGUAAGCGAACCUGCGUGAUCAGGCAAAACAUUUUAAUUUUUAAACCCCAAAACUCUGCAAGCUUAAUGCUAACAUACACUGCGAAACGCCAUAGAUGGGCAAACAUAAAUUAGCAUAGGUGUCACGAUAAUUUUGAAUCAACUGCUCCGUAAACAUACAUGAAGUGGCAAUGCUUACAAACAGAAAACACAACAAUGCUCAGGCAUAUAUUCAUUCACCUCUGUUGGUAACAACUUGUUAUUUGAGCUCAGUAGGGGACCAUCUCUGACUCUUCUUCUUGCUUCCUAUGUACGACAUCUUGUGACACAACGUGGUACUGCACUGAAGGCAUGCAACUCGAAACUCGGACUUGUCUGUAUACUGGGAAAACCCGUAAAAAAAAAUGGCUUAACAAUCUGCGUCAUAGCGGGAGGACGCUGUCAUUUGUGAUCGAUUUUUUUGUUCCCCUUGUCCAAUUGUGUCAUCACCAGCGUCUUCUUCUUGGGAGCCGUCCUCGUCAUCGCCGCCACAUUCCUCUACGGCUACAAAGCCAAGCCGUCCCCCAACCCCAGCAGGGCGUGAGACGGACGCAAAGCCCAGCGGGACCGAAAGGAGGUCAGGGAAAGAGAGGGGGAAAGGUCAGUCGGGAGGGUGUACAGGAAGGAACAAGUCAAGAAAAGGUCAAGCACAAUUGUUGUUUACACCUGAAGUGCCUCAGCCGGGAGAGGGAAAUCACAAUCAUUCCAUCUGUAGCAAUAAUGUCUGCGUGUGUAGUAACUGAAGAACGGCUACUAUGGAAGGCUAAGAGUUACCUAAUAGGAAAUACGUUACAGUGGAACCUCGCUUUUCACUGGCUUUCUUUCGUCGAAAUCAUGUCCCAGUUUUCGUACAUCCCCAAAAAAAACAUGACUCAGACAUUCAUUUUCCUGGAGUCGCUCAUCCCGCGGGUUCAUCUGAAGCAUUUUACUAAGUUUUGUUAAAAAAAAUAAAAAAUAAAAAAAUUCAACAGACAGCUUCGAUGUAUUUCACCAUGCGAGCUUUAACCACCAUCCUGGGAAUCAGAGUAAUUCAUCCUGUCAAUAGUCAGGCCUUCGCAAUAAAAAGAAUGCAAUAUAAUAACAGUUUCAACACAAUUUCUUUGGUCCCAUGCUAGCUUAUUUAGCAGUAACACCCAAUAAACAAGCAGAAAAUUGUUUUGAGUAUGGCCGCAAAAUAAGGCACCAUGGGGCCGAAGAAAGUGUGCUGAAACUGUUAUUAUGAUGGCAUGCUUUAAUUUUGAAGGCCAGACAUUUGACAGGAUGUUGACCCAAUUUGCCAGAGUGCUGCUGAGCAGACCGGGAGGCUUGUUAUUGCCUUGAAUUGUUCAUAAAAGCUUCCGUCGUGGAAUACGUUUUGUGGUCUGUUUUGACACAAUAUGACAGAAGGUUCCGAGUGUCAGCCAUAAAUAAGGCGAGAGAAUUCAAGAAAGAACUCUCAGCAAAGUGCAAAAAUGGUUCCCCGCCGGCUUUCAUUCCGAGAGUCUUCAAUAAACGUAACGAUUAGGUUCAAUGAUUUUUCCCAUUUCAUCUGUCAGAUUUAUUUCCCGCUGGGUUCUGUAUGUAAAACUAUAGUUAUUCUUCAUAAAAAAAAUUUUUUUUAAAUGUUUUUAGGUGUCAUUUUGGGUUUAGUCAGAAUUCCUGCAACAGAUUCAUCUUGAAAACCGUGGUUCCGCUGUAUUCACUAAACGUUUGCUCAGGUAAAAUUUCACAAUGAACGUAGAAAGCACUGCAACCUUUUCAGGGAAACAUAAUUUGACCAUCUCUGGUCAGCAAGUCAAAGGUUAUAGUGCCUUUUAGGUUUGGGAAAUUUCACCCAAAAGCCUGAAUCCAAUUUCUUAAUUGGCUUCUAGCAUGCAGGCGUGUGAGGCGCAGUAACUCUGCUAGCAGGCGCCAUGGAUCGCAUCUUAUGGAAUCGAAAUACAAACUUUUGUGCUUGGGGAAAAAAACAAACCAAUUAUGUGCAUUUGAGCGGCUACUUUGGGAGGGGUUUUUGCGUUGCUGCCAGGCAACCAGUGGCCAUAUUGCCAUCAACAUGGCUACAGAGUCACUUGAGAAAUACUGAGAGCGAUUACACAAAGUUAUUACGAAGAUACUAAGUCGUUAACGGUGGAUGUAAAUACUGGUAGCUUUAAAAUAGGCUCUUAGUCGAAGCGGAAUCAUUUAAAUCACUCAUUUCCUCGGCUCAUGUAAUUUAUUGUCGUAAAAUGUGUCCCUCUUUUUUUUUUUAAUGCUGAUGAGAGAUUUAUGAGCUUUUAUUUUGAAGAGCUUCAUCUAGUUGUACGAUUUGAUUGUGCUUACUGUGGUUUUUUUUUUUUUUUUUUUGUGGGAAUUGUCACAUUGUUGUCUCAAUUACUACUAAGACAAUCUUUGUAUAAAGUGGAAAAAAAGG